GAAAGAGGCGGGCGGAAAAAAAAGUGAGAGAGAGAAAAGAAGCUGAGAUUGAGUGGGGUCGUUAACGCGGAGAGCUGGAGAAAAACAGCACUAAAUAGCCAACAUGAACCUAGAAAAUCUCAGCAAGUCAGAGUUACUGAUGUUCUUCAGUGUGCUUGAGGGAGAACUUGAAGCAAGAGAUAUGGUGAUUGAAGCACUGCAAGCACAACACAAAGAUCGUUUCAUUCAAGAACGCUAUGGAAAGUAUGACAUCAGUGACCCAUUCCUUGCUCUGCAGAGGGACUGCGAGUCAAUCCGUGAUGGGAAUCGUGUUGAUAAGCAACCAGUCUGCACUAACCCAUUAUCUGUACUCAAAGUAGUGAUGACACAAUGCAAGAAGAUGCAAGAUCGAAUGUUAUCCCAGUUGGCUGCUGCAGAGAGCAGACAUAGGAAGGUUAUUCUGGAUCUAGAAGAGGAGAGGCGAAGACAUGCCCAGGACACGGCUGAAGGUGACGACGUGACCUACAUGCUGGAGAAAGAACGCGAACGACUCACACAACAGCUGGAAUUUGAAAAGUCACAGGUGAAGAAAGUGGAAAAGGAGCAGAAGAAGGUGUCUGCACAGUUGGAGGAAGAACGAUCACGGCACAAGCAGCUGACCACAGUGUUGGUGAAAGAAUGCAAAAAAGCAACCAACAAGACGGCAGAGGAAGUGCAGAAAGCUGCAGAACUAAAAUUAAAGCUGGAGAAAGAGAUGGCAAGGAGCAGUAAAUUAGAAGAGGAGUUGACCAUUGAGAAGAAACGAGCCUUGCAGAAGGAAGCCCAAAUGGAGAAGCAGCUGUCGGAGUUUGACACAGAGAAGGAGCAGCUGAGAGCAAAGCUAAACCGCGAAGAAAACCAAACACGAGUUCUCAAUGAAGAAGUGGAACACUUAAAAAAAAUUAUUGAAGAGCUUAGAAGUGGAGCAGAAAACUCUAUUAAAGCAGCGGGGAAUGAAGCAAGCUUACUGGUAGGCUUGUCAAUAGGGGUUGGGUCUAAUAAAAGCAAAUCGUGCCAAGUAGAUUUUCCACAUGAGGAAAUGACAAGCAGAAGUGAUGCAAAACCAGGACUUUGCACAUCACCUAAACCAUCAGCGCUUUUUCCACAUCUAAAUGGGCAUUGUGGCACGCUUACAUUUAAUAACAGUGGUGAUCAGUCAACUGAUGACAAUGAAACAGAUGGUCUUUACUCAAAUGAAAACAAACCCAUUUCUCCCACUCCAGAUCACGUCAGUGAAAAUGGAACUGCUACUGUGACCACUGGUUCUGCACCACAUUUUUCAGGUGGAAGUUCACUUUCUCCAAGCAACACAGUAAACUCAUCAGCCGCCUCUUCAGUAUCUUCCUCCCCAUGCUCAUCCCCUGUGUUGACGAAACGACUAAUUGGUUCAGCAAGCCCCACCACUGGCUUUCAGUCCUCCUACCAAGCUGGGCUGAAUCAAAGAUUUCAUGCUGCUCGAUUUAAAUUCCAAGCUCAGGCAGAGCAAGAUCAACAGACUGGUGUCUUACAGAGUCCUCCCCCAAGGGAUCUGUCACCCACUACCUUGGACAGUUCAGCUGCCAAACAAUUGGCUCGUAAUACUGUGACCCAAGUCCUUUCUAGAUUUACAAGCCAGACAAGUACCCUUAAAACUACAAAUAAUUCCCCGUUUGGUACUGACUAUCGGCAAUUAGGCACAUCAACAAAGUCUCCAAUUAGUGAUGCCAAUCAUUCACCAACCUCUAGCAAAGUGUCUAGUCCACAAAGUCCACUGGUACCUGGAAUAAAAUCACCAACAACAUCAAGGGUGGAUCGAGGAAAUCCUCCACCAAUUCCUCCUAAAAAGCCUGGCCUUGCACAGUCUCCCGCUUCACCACAUCCACUGGGGAGAGCAUCCGCGGAUGGUGGACCAACGCAAAUCGGGCUUGCUGCUAAAAACGAGUCGAGUACUUCCAACUCUGCACAACCUCAACGGUUCUUUAACUGGCGUGAAACAGGGAAUCAUGAGGAUGUUUCAUCAAAAUCGUCUUUGGACCCUGGUGCAGUGAUGAGCUCAGAGGAUGGUACUGAAGGUGCAGUUCGUGUUGUGCCAGUGGGGACGCUAUCUAAUGAACCAAAUCCUACAGCCUCCAUGAAGCUUUCAGCAGUUUCCAUGGAUGUUUGUAACACCACAGUGGACCUUCCAAACACUUGUGGCAUGGAUAACAGUUUGAUCACACCAUCCAAUAAAGAGAUCGAUAUACUUCUACCAACCAAUAGUUAAGCUGUGUAGAAAUCAGAUGUGAGUUGAUGCUUUUUUUCCUCCUUCCAGAUAAUUGCAGUUUCUUAACUGCAGUUUAUUAUUUAUAGUGCAUUUUGUAUUUGUACAAUAUCUAUUUUGCCCUACAUUAUUUUACAAACUUUAGUAAUUACUGUAUUGUAGGUUCAUGCUAGUGUUUUAUAUUUACCUUUUUGUCCUUAUGUCAAACACACUGAUUUAUAGGUUAAAUGGGAAAAAUUAACGAAAUGUAUAAAAAUCCAAAAAUCCCAUUUAAUAAAAGACUUUUCAGUAUUAGCAAUCAUCACUUAAUAGACUGAAUCACUGAAUGUUCCCCAAAGUGUUUCAGAAUUCCAUAACAUAUUAGAAUGGUGUUUUGUCCAUUCACCAUAAACCAGUGACAAUGACUUUUAUUUGUUUUCACUACCUGUAACAUAUAAAGUUACAAUUGUGAAUUGUACAUUGUGAAACUAAAGUGGGAAGGGGUUAGAAAAGGAAUGAAAAGUAUAUAACUUGCAAAUCUGUUUAGGUUCAUUUUGCAGCCCAAGCCAGCUUUUACGUGAGGAAUAAUGACACUGAUGGGAAAUCCAUCAGGUAUGGUGAGGUUUCCCUCUGGCUGCUGCGAACAACCUUCUGAUGACCACUUAUAAUGGUAAAAGAGGGAUGGGAUGUGUAAUAAGUAGAAGAUGGUGGAUCUGAGAAACAUCUGAUAACUUAUUUCCUUGUCAUAAUACUAAAAUAAUUCAGCCUUCAUUAUUGUAUUGCUUUGAUGCUCUGAGAAAUAAUUAUUGUGGUAGUAAUUAAGAAAUGUUUUUGCUCCUGCAUUGAGUACAUUUAAGGCCUUUAAAUGUAAUAUAAUCAUGUAAUGUAAUAUAAUUGACGUGAAGACGUCAAUUAAACUAUAUAUUUAUAACAUUGUAUUAUCUUAGGAGUGACCCUAGGAGUAUUUGCAAAGGUCACCGGUGGUGUUUGUUUUUCAUCUGGGAGUUAAACUACUAGAAUAGACCUGUGGUUUAUGUCUUUUAAUGCUGUAAUCCUCUGGUUUGAUUCCUUAAUUGCCAAGGAUCUGCAUAUCAUGUCAGAAGGAGUUAUGAAUACUUUAGCAACAGAUUCAAAUGCUUCUUUGAUUUGCAAGUAGCACAGACAAACAGAUUGCACAAUGAUCAAAACAACAUUGUUCUGUUUUACGCCCCUUAGCUAAGGGAUCAUUAAACUUUAUUCAUAGUCAGUUAAACUACUUGCAGUGUUCAGUUGUAGGUCUUUGCCAUGCAGAUUUUGAGCAAUUAUAUACAGUAAUAACAUCCUUAUAACUUCCAGUGGCUUGUUUAAAAUAAAUGUUUAGUUUAGCUUGAAACAUGCAAUAACCAGUAUGCAUUAGGGAGAUGAAAUCUAUGGUAUGCACAAGGCAUGUACAACAUCAAGUAUAAGAAGAUACUAACAUGUUUAUUUUUACUGAACCUAUAAAACAGUAUUUCUUUAGUUUUUUUUCCUUCCAAUACCUCGCAAUGAAAAUUGUGUAUCUAUUCACGUGGGGUCUUCUUAUUGCCAUGCACAUUCAUUUAAUUAAAAUGGCAGCAGAGGCUUAUUCCUGGAUCUCUACCACAGCAAUGAAGUUGGACUUUCAUCAGACUGCCCAAUGGAAUAGUGACUUAAGAAAAUGGCUUUGCUUACCUGCACCCCCCACCAAUGCAGGAAACAGAUUAAUCUCCCACCAUGAUUGGGAUUAACAUGGCAAACCAGAAUUUAAAUAAUGUCCAAAUUUGACAAAGUAUUAAUUUCAGUAAUCUAAAUGACAGCUUAGAUGUUAACUGUUAGAUUGGCAGCAGUCAUUUUAAACACUGGCUAGAAAACUACGGCACUGAGAUGUGAUCCAUUGAGAAAUCCAGCAAGAAGUUAUGUUUUGUACUAGGUUUGUUCCUUGUUCCUUGUUCCUUCUUCCUGCCAGUCUCUGAGCAUUAUGCAAUUCAAGGUAAACUGUCUGGUGGAACUAUUAAAAUGGAAAAUUUGGAAAUGUUAUAGCCUCUUUUUAUACCUUGCACCUAUGGCUCAAAGGUCUUGAGAUGAAUUGAGUUGCCUUAAAAUAUGAUAAAUGUUAAUAAGGUGCAAGUAAUAGCCAUUUUGUGCAUAGGAGGAAUCCACAGACAGCAGUAAAACAAAUGUUCUGUUAACUUUUUUGGAUAUAACAUUUCUUUUAAUGCUCAAUAUUCUGGAGGCUGCAAAGACUAUGCACUUGAGACUCACAAAAGGCUCAUUCAGCCAUUUAAACUCUGAAAUAAAGGGCCUUCAAUUGCCAUUCUUGCCCAGUCCUGACUAAACCUUGGGGAUGAGUCAUUUCUAUGAAGUAGAUAGCAACCUUUGGUAUUUCUGAUGCCCUUGGAGUCUGAGGUUAAUAGAUAAGGAGUUGAGGGAACAAAGUAACAUUGAAGCAUUACUUUUCCAAAGAAGAGCAAGUUCUUAAAAUGUCUGAGACUUUUUUUGUUUUUUUUAAUGAUCUAUUCUGCAGCAAUCAUUUUGCAAUCAGUUGACAUCAGGAAACUAGCAGUUUGGACCUUAAUGGUAUCAUCAUCUUGGAACAUGAACUGCAGUUGUGGGAGAACCAGAGGAUUUUAUGUCAUCUCAUCCUGCCUGUCUUCUGGCAUCAGCAUUUAUCAACUCUAAGGGACACAACACCCAACGGAACCGUAUCCCAACUCACCUUCCAUAUUCUUCCAGCCUUGUUUAGCUGCAGAACCAUCUUAGAUCAAGGCCUUUCGGAUCACAUAAUACUCUCAGUUAACUUGCUAACUUCUGGGAUGUGUCAUCAAAUUAAGGUAUUGCCAUGUGAAAGGAAGCAGAAAAGAAAUCCUUUACAAUAGCACCCCAUAACCUGUGAAAGCAUUAUGAUAAGUGAACAGAAAGUUUGUGACUUCAAAUUGACUUUGCUCUCUGUGAUUGGUGUAUUCCGGGUCCUUGAACAUUGCAACUAUACUACUACUGCUUUAUAAGAAAUUACACAUGCUAUUCCCAAUGGAACAUUUUCCAUGAUGACCAAAAUGUGACUAGUAAUUUAGAUGACAGAAUAACACACUAUUACUUGAUGCAUAGUCAACUUUAAGCUAUCAAUGUUCUGGUGUAUUUUUUAAAAUUCAAGGGCACUUUUCUAAAAUAAUUUUUUAGUACUUAUUUUUGCAAAGCUGUGUGGGCUGUCUGAUAAUGACAGUGAAAGUGAAUUCAGAGAGGUAAUAGCACUGUGUAGUGUGAAUACAACACCCCAAUUAAUGCAGUUGGCUCUCUUUCACACUGGAUGCUGAUCAAUAGCUUCUAGGACUGUUUGCUGUAAUUAGGGAAGCUACAAAGAAUGCAGCUGAGGCAUUGCCUCAUUUAGGUAUACAAAUAUUCUGUUGACAGUAAAUCUGGAACUCAGCAAAGGAAACUAAUAGUAGAACAAAAAGAGGUUGGGCAAAUUCAGGACUAUUUUCAGGAACUCCUUUGUACUAAGAGAUGAUCAUGAAAAUGAUUGAGGGGGAACUACAGACAAGUUAAUUGCAGAUUAUAAAUGAUAUUGAAAAAUUGACAGUUCCAGUAUAAUUUUAAAUUUGUGGAAGUGUUGAUUAGUAACUGAAGAAUAUGGUCAGUAUAAUACAGUUAACAAUAUGUAUAUUUAUAAGUAGACCAUGGAAAUGAGUUGUAGUACAGUGAAAAGAACACUUAUGAUAUUGCAAGCCGCUGGAAUAAAGGUUGAGCAGUUUGUGGAGGUUUUUGGAAUUGUGUUUUAAUGAUGCCACAAGUGUUAUAAAAAAUGUUUUCUUUAAGGAUUUUUGUUUUAAAUUUUGCUACCAUGCUGUGACAAUGAAUUAAGGUGGUAUGAUGUAGGUGAAAGAAAGGUGGUGGAUAGCGAUGUAGGCUUGGGAGAAAUAGGGAAUGAUGACUGAUAUGAAACAGGGCCUUCUUGUUUUCUGCAAUAAAUUACACUAAUUUAUGCUAAAUAAUUAAUCCUUUGUAGUUAUUGACAGGCUUUUCAGAACAACAGUGAUUUCCACAAAUAACACUUUGCAAUACAUACCAAUUAUUAAAUAGAAUGAGAAAGGCAACCCAAAAGAUGUAAAAUAUUUAAUUAAUUUUUCCCUACUGAAGGUAAACUGGUUUGAUACAAAUUUUCACCAACGUAUUAAAUCUGAAAUGAGGAGACUUGUCCAUCUGUGUUUCAGCUGUUCAAAGUUGAGGCUAAAGUACAUACUGGAUACUGUAAAGGAUACUGUUGCUUGUGCUGCUUUGAGUCAUUUUAAAACAAAUAGCAUUGUACAUUUUGGAGUUUAAUGAAUGUUCGAAUGGCAUUAAUAAAGUACUGGAAUUCAUUUUAAAUUAAUGGUAACUCCUUGGUGAGCAGAAUUCAUGAGGUCUUGCAAGAGUUAAGACGAACCAAUGAAAUUGACCCAACCAAUAUCUUCCAAAAUCGCUGUAAAUUAUUCUUUUGAAUUGAAUUAAUUCAUCCAAUUAAUUAAAUCUAACAAUGAGGGCUAAGCAUUGUGGACAGAAUGUGGAUUCUUUCCAUUAUCUGUGAAGCAAGUAAUUUUAUGAUUCUUGUAAACCUAAUUACUUUUUCAAUACUUCACAAUUACAGAUUGCUUCAAGUUAAUUUACAGAAGUUACUUUAAAAUAAAUCAUGAAUUAUAAUUUUUGAUAAGUGGGAAGAGAAACGAGCACUCAAUUGAAUUAAAAAUGAAUAUUAAUUACACUGCAUUUAAAAUCUACUGUGACAGAAUACUGAAAGAGGGUUAAACCUGCCCUGUUGCUUAAGUCUUGUAGCAUAUCUUAUCAACUGCAUCCCACUGAAAACACUAAAAACUUGAAACUUGAAGCAAGUGAACUUUCAAAGUUAUCCUCCUCCCUCUGCUUUGCCAGCUAACAGUUUGCAGAGGUUCUUUUAAAUAAUUAUUCCUGAGAUUGCCAAGAAUGCUCUCUCUAUUCCCCUUCUCACAAUAUUUUCUAAAAUUGAUUAUGUAAGUCUUUUUAAAUUUUUAAAUAGAGUAUUUUCUUCUUUUACAUGUGCUCAAGGUGCAUGGACUAAAACAAAAUCAAUAGAAUUACACAAGUUAAACCACAGUGCAAAUGUAAUUUUGCAUUUUCCUGUACCGAUAUACAUUUUAAUUAUGUUGCAUAUGUAAGUAGAUACAUUUAUUUAAACAAACAAGCAGCUAACAUAAGAUGCAUGUUUGAUGAAUGUUAUUUUAAGAGAAAAAUAAUUCCAAAUGUCUAUUUGAAAUUUUCUAAUCUUUGUGUUCCCACCCCAAAAGCCAGCUCACUUUCUUGGAGUAUAUAUAUAUCUAUGGGUAUCACUUCUGGAAAAUAAACUUUACUGAUACUGAAGGCAUUUGUACUGAAGCUAAAUGCUCUAAUGACAGUAAGACUGGUUAAAUAUGUCAGCUUUCCCACUCAUCAUGCGAUUAAUUUCAUCUUCUGUAUCAAACCAAUUUAUUACUGUCACAAAUACAACAAACUCAGCUGAUAGAUUAAUGUAGCACACAUAUUAAUUUAAGACUAAGACAAAAGCCACAGCUCAGAAACCUACCUGAAGUGUAUCAGAUGCAAUUAUUUAUUACUAGCUGCUUUAUAUUUGAUUUCUACUGUAACUGCUGGGGCAUUUUUUGUUUGGGAAAAGCUAGAUAGAACUGCUUUGCUCUUGUAAGUCAGAACUACUCGUGCUUUGAGGGGUAUGCGUUCAUUUUUUGUCUUAAUUUACUAAAUAAUUAAUAUGUUAAUCACAUGGUUUUUAAGAAGUAAAUUUUGCUGCAUAUUUUUUGUUGAGAUUUGAUUAAUCUUAUUCCAUAUAGUGCUGUUGCCAAGAUUUGUUUGCCACACCACAUGAGUGUUGACAAUCUAAAUAUUUAUCGAUUUCUGCAUUCGGAAAGUGAUAAUCAAAAAUUCUUCAGCAUUCCCAAUUUGCAUUGUUGUUUGUGAGUAAUUAACAAAUGGGAAGCUAUUUAGCAUCCUUUCUGGGUAUUGAAGAGUACUGAAACUAACUGAUUAUCUGUAAAUUUCAUUUAGGAACCACUAACUUGGUUAAGGCUGGGGUAAUUGAGCUAUAUAUAGGCCAGGAAUGCCCCACGUAUGCCCUAAGUUAUCUAAUUGAUGUCAGCAUUAUAGAAGCUUUCUAAUCUUCCCCUAAGGAUUAAGUUACCAGCCAGGAAUCCUAUUGCUCAGUGUUCAGCAAUUCUUGAUAACCACAUACAACAAUUUCUGUGAUGGGAUUUACUCUGAAAGUGAUGGCCGGUUUGGGUGAUGUGGGAGGAUGCUGAUUAAACCGUAAAAUCAACAAGAUUCAUACUCUUAAGAGGGGCAAGGAAAAACAUAUUGGGGGAUAAAAAGAAGUAGGAUAUUUGUCCUGUAUGGCAGUGAUAAAUCAAUAUGUAGGUUGCACUUAAUAUGAAUCAUUGUACUUUCUCAUUGGCAUUUGCAGUAAAUUGCAUUUUAACAUUGCUUUCAGUUUUAUUGUAACACUAAUUCACAGUGUAACAUAGUGUAGUGCCUCCCUCUCACUUCAUAAUGAUUGGACCAAUUAGUAUGCUAAGUUUUAAAACAUUCAUAGCAAUAUAUUUUUAAUAAUUUAUAAGCUAUAAAACUGUUUUUGAUACAGUGGAAUUGGUAUUUUUUCCUGACUUUAAAUGUACUGUGUAACUAAAAUGCAUGUAAAGGGGCGAUUCCUUUUUGUAUUUCAUUUACAAACUUCUAAAUCCAAAGCUGCUCUAUCUAAUAAGAUUUUGUUUGUACUGCUGGGAUAUUUCAACUAAUUCAAAGUGCAACUUCUAAGUGCCUUUUGAAUCUGCAUGUUGUAAAUUUUAAAAAAUGUAUAGGAAUUGCAUAUAUUCACAUUUGAUG